AGUGAAAUUGGAUCUCGAUUCACCUCUUCCGUAUUCAUCUCACCUCAAUCAAUAUUCUUGAAGUUCGAUUUUUUUCCACUUUAAUUUCUUUUUAAUUAAUAAAUAAUUGACGCCAUCAAGACCCCGACCACCUCUAAGAAAACAAAAACCCCAGAAUUUCCCCUCUCGCUCUUCUUCUCGAGAGAAGGUAGCAGCAAAGAAGAGAAAAGGAAACUCUGAAAUUUGCUCUUUGAGCACUUUUUAUUUUUUUGCUCGAAACCAAGCGGUAAAAAAUGGGUUUUGCUUCAUUUGCGGGACGAGUUUUCUUUGCUUCAAUUUUCGUCCUCUCCGCUUGGCAAAUGUUCAAUGAAUUUGGGGUUGAUGGCGGGCCUGCUGCUAAGGAUUUGAUACCAAAGCUUGAUCUUGCCAAGAAACACGUAUCUUCUCAACUCCAUGUAAAUUUGCCUGAUAUUGAAGUUAAACAAUUAGUUGCAGCUGCCAUUGCUUUGAAAGGACUUGGUGCUAUUCUAUUUGUAUUUGGUCAUGGCUUUGGAGCCUUCCUCCUGUUUGUCUACUUGCUGGUUAGCACUCCUCUUCUCUAUGACUUCUACAACUAUCAUCCCAAUGAGCCCCAAUACUCUGUUCUGCUCAGUGAUUUCUUGCAGUGUGUUGCACAAUGUGGUGCGUUAAUUUUCUUCUGGGGGAUGAAAAACUCAAUACCAAAAAGGCAACUAAAGAAGAAGGCCAUUAAGCCAAAAGCUGCUUAAGUAUAUUGAAGAAGCAGCUGGUAAAAGGUGGAAAGUUCUUCAGGUUUUCAUAUUUAAACCAUGUCUAGUAGUUGCUGUGCAGCGCCAGAUAAUAUUUUGCAGAUCUACGCAACACUUGAUUGUUUCCCAAUUUUAGGAGUUAAAAUGUUUUUUAUUAGUUCUUUAUUCACUUAAACACUAUGUGUUGCCUCUUGUUUAUUUUCUAUGAAAAUUUGAUUUCUGAGUUCAAAAAUUAGGGUUUUAAUGAAUACUUUUAUUUCCUGGUUUAGACUUCAAAUGACUUAAUCUAUAUUUUAUGGUACUGGAACCAUGGCUGCCCUUUAAAGCAGCAAACUUUCAGUAAUUAUCAAUGUUUAUUGCAUCCAUUCAUGUAUUCCAUAAUGGAGCAAGAUACUGCAUCUGAUAUGAUUAUUAGUUCACGGGAUAGGAUGGAUUCAUAGAGAACUGGAAAAUAUCAGGAUCCCGGCUUUAAUUUUUAUUGUUCUUUUGCAUUUUUGAUCUUUGGAUUAUGACUUUUUCACCUCACCUCUCUUUACUUUUUCAUUCUUCCACUGCCAUUCAGGAAGUUGCAGUGGAUGUUCUCAAGAUGAAUAUAUGCAUGGUUUGGGUCAUAUUUUUCUGCCUGUAAUAAUUUACCUGUAAGUAAUGCAAAGUAAAAGCCCAAGACUAGGAUUAACGCCUCUGCUGGGCCUAGGAGUGUUGUGGUGGAAUGCACAGGGCAAAGUCGUUCUAGCUCUGCGAGAAUGGACGCCUAUCAUAACUUACAUG